AUGGUAGCCAAAGCAAGCAGGUUUGACUUAAUAUUAAAGAUUAUUCUAAAACUUGCAUUUACCAAACCUUUGCCUGUUUCUCUUUUGAUCCACAGGGGGCGCUUUGCAGUUGUCCGCAAGUGCAAGCACAAGGAGAGCAACCGGCAUUACGCAGCCAAGUUUGUAAGAAAGCGUAAGAUGGGCCGAGAUUGCCGGGAAGACAUCCUGAAGGAGAUUCGCAUCCUGGAGAACUCGGUCCUGAACCAGCGGCUCAUCGGUCUCCAUGAGGUCUACGAGACGUCAACAGAAGUCAUCCUUGUUUUAGAAUAUGCCAGCGGGGGUGAGCUGCACCAGUACUGUGUAGCGGACAAAGAAGACGGCUUCUGUGAGAGAGAUGUGGUCAGACUAUUACGGCAGAUUAUAGAGGGUGUUCACUAUCUCCAUUCACAGAACAUAGCUCAUCUAGAUCUAAAGGUAAUUAUAGAUGUAAAUGAGGUUUUGUGGAAUUUGAAAGAUAAAUGUUUAUAUAGAUAUGAGUAGAUACAAAGUGAGGAUAAAGAAGUCUAUUUCAAUGGAGAUAUCUAAACAAGGCAUACAUCAAUUGUGGAGUUAUCUAUUGAGGCCUCUGCAUGCACUUUUCAUCACAAUGUUGAACUGUCAAAAUGACAGCGAAUUGUGUUUGGGUAAAGUAGUAUUCUUCAGAAAUGAGCGUAGCUAAAUAGUAUAAGAAGAUUACAGAGAUUAGCCGAAAGAGACAGAUGUAAAUGAACAGAAGAAAUAGAAAUAAGAAGAGAGAUGAGGAUUAGAGGAUAAAGAAAGACAGAGAGAGAAAGAGAGAUACAACUCCACUAAUUGAAUAAAAAAUACGAUAUGCAAAGAAUAUGCAGGUGCAUGUAUCCAAGUCAUGAGUGCAUCAGCUAUAGGAAGACCUACAUGUAGAUUAAAAUGUUUAGCUUGCAAAAUAUGUAACAUCUGAUAGAGUGAAUUUGGAAGAUGAAGCCUUGAUUGGAAAUAUGUAGACGACAGGGAUUGAAUUUUCAAGAUAUUUUAUACAUAAAUGCCAUGAUAAAUUUAAGGGGAUAGUCCUUUAGAGAGAAUCGGGAGAUGGAGAAAGAGGGAGAGAGAGAGAGAUUAAGCUG